AUGGCGGGGAAUCAAUGGCUACGAUGUGUGCUGGUUCUGGCCCUGGCGGUACUUGGGGUCCAAGGUAUCAGUCUUGAUAUCAGCAGCGAGGAUUCGGUUAAGAAUGCAGCAUCAACCGCCGCCUACGGCAUGAUGAAGCAUUACAAAGGAAAUGAAUCUGGCGAAAUUCCGGGCAAGAUCCCCAAUACUUGGUGGGAAGGUGGUGCCAUGUUCAUGACGCUCAUGCAAUACUAUCACUACACGGGGGAUUCCACCUACAACAAGGAAGUCAUCCAGGGCAUGCAGUGGCAGUCGGGCGAUUGCGAUUUCAUGCCGGCGAACUGGAGUAGCUACAUCGGUAACGACGAUCAAAUGUUCUGGGGUUUGGCCGCUAUGACUGGUGCCGAACUGAACUUUCCCGACUCUAGCGAUGGAUACUCCUGGCUUUCACUGGCGCAGGGUGUCUUCAAUACCCAGGUCGCCCGCUGGGAUAAUUCUACCUGCGACGGGGGUAUGCGGUGGCAGAUUUACACCUACGAAUCCGGUUAUACCAUGAAAAACGCCAUUUCCAACGGCGGUUUGUUUCAACUGUCGGCUCGGCUGGCGCGCUAUACUAGCAACCAGACCUACUAUGACUGGGCAGAGCGCAUCUACGACUGGUCGACCACGACGCCGCUGUUGAGCAACUCAACCUGGAACGUCGCUGACUCGACAUCGACGACAAACGACUGCAGUAGCCAGGGUGAUAACCAGUGGAGCUAUAACUACGGCGCUUAUCUUGGAGGAGCUGCGUACAUGUAUAAUUACACCAACGGUACCAGCACCAAAUGGCUGAACGCCGUCGAAGGCCUGCUGAAUCGCACGUUGGACAAGUUCUUCCCGGAAAGCCACGGCGGUGAAAUCCUAACGGAGAUUCUAUGUGAACCGUUAGAGGUGUGUAACGACAACGAAAUCAUCUUCAAGGGUCUCGUGUCUGCCUGGCUCGCCUACACUGCCCUACUGGUUCCGUCCACCUACAACAGAAUCCUGCCCAAGCUGCAAGGAUCUGCCAAGGGCGCUGCCGCGACUUGCACCGGGUAUGGUAACAACACCUGCGGCGUGCGAUGGUGGAACAGUACCUGGGAUGGCUGGAGCGGACUCGAGGAACAGAUGAGCGUUACCAGCGUCUUCUCGGCGAAUAUGAUCGCCUUCAACUCCUCGUCUGCACCGCUGACUUCCAGCACGGGAGGCAACAGCACCAGCGACCCGUCGGCCGGAACCGAUGACAGCUCCGAUGACGAGACCAUUCUCAGCACGAUCACCACGGGAGACCGCGCCGGAGCGGGCAUCGUGACAGUUGCUUUUGCUGGGGGUUGGAUUGGCUUGAUGGUAUGGUUGAUGCUCGGUUAA